GCGCCUGUCUUGCUCGCGCGCAGUCUCGCGCCCUCGCGCUCUCCUUUCUCUCUUCCUCUCUCCGUAGUCCGUCGGUCGGACCGCCUGUCCAUUCUCAGGCCCGGCGGCGGCGAGUGGUGCGCGCUCCUGGGCAGCCACGCGGGGCCUCGUGCGUGCGUCUCGCGCCCUACCCAGUCUCUCCCCCGUCCCCGGUGCAGCGCGGAGCCGCCGGGCUCCCGUCCCAGGCUGGGGCCAUGUCGGUGGUGGGCAUAGACCUGGGCUUCCAAAGCUGCUACGUCGCCGUGGCCCGGGCUGGCGGCAUCGAGACGAUUGCCAACGAAUACAGCGACCGCUGUACCCCGGCCUGUGUUUCUUUUGGUCCAAAGAAUCGUUCAAUUGGAGCUGCAGCUAAAAGCCAGGUUAUUUCAAAUGCAAAGAACACAGUCCAAGGUUUUAAGAGAUUUCAUGGCAGAGCAUUUUCAGAUCCAUUUGUUCAAGAAGAGAAGUCUCACCUUGCAUAUGAAGUUGUGCAAUUGCCAACAGGUUCAGCUGGUAUCAAGGUAACAUAUAUGGAGGAAGAACGGAAUUUCACCACUGAGCAGGUCACAGGAAUGCUCUUGACCAAACUAAAGGAGACUGCAGAAAAUGUCCUCAAGAAACCUGUUGUUGAUUGUGUAGUUUCAGUUCCCUGCUUCUAUACAGAUGCUGAGAGGAGAUCAGUAUUGGAUGCAACUCAGAUUGCUGGGCUUAAUUGUCUUCGAUUAAUGAAUGAAACUACUGCAGUUGCUCUUGCAUAUGGAAUCUAUAAACAAGAUCUACCUGCCCUGGAAGAGAAACCAAGAAAUGUUGUGUUUGUUGACAUGGGGCAUUCUGCCUACCAGGUGUCUGUGUGCGCGUUCAACAAAGGAAAACUCAAAGUUCUUGCCACUGCAUUUGAUCCAACAUUGGGAGGUAGAAAAUUUGAUGAGAUAUUAGUAAAUCAUUUCUGUGAAGAAUUUGGAAAGAAAUACAAACUAGACAUCAAGUCCAAAAUUCGUGCAUUGUUGCGACUUUCUCAGGAGUGUGAAAAGCUCAAGAAAUUGAUGAGUGCUAAUGCUUCAGACCUCCCUAUGAACAUAGAAUGUUUCAUGAAUGAUGUUGAUGUAUCUGGAAUUAUGAACAGGAGCAAAUUUCUGGAGAUGUGUGAUGGUCUCCUGGCUAGAGUGGAGCCACCACUUCGAAGUGUUUUGGAACAAGCCAAGUUAAAGAAAGAGGAUAUUUAUGCAGUAGAGAUAGUUGGUGGUACCACUAGAAUCCCUGCAGUGAAAGAGAAGAUCAGCAAAUUCUUUGGUAAAGAAAUUAGUACAACAUUGAAUGCAGAUGAAGCAGUCACUCGUGGAUGUGCAUUGCAGUGUGCAAUAUUGUCUCCUGCUUUCAAAGUAAGAGAGUUUUCUAUCACUGAUGUGGUACCAUAUCCAAUAUCUCUUCGAUGGAAUUCCCCAGCAGAAGAAGGAAUAAGUGAUUGUGAAGUCUUCCCGAAGAAUCAUGCAGCUCCUUUCUCUAAAGUUCUCUCAUUUUAUAGAAAGGAACCGUUUAAUCUCGAGGCCUAUUACAGUUCUCCUAAGGAUUUACCAUAUCCAGAUCCUGCUAUAGCUCAAUUUUUGGUUCAGAAGGUGACCCCUCAGACUGAUGGAUCCAGUUCAAAAGUGAAAGUAAAAGUUCGUGUCAAUGUGCAUGGUAUAUUCAGUGUGUCUAGUGCUUCCCUUGUGGAGGUACACAAGUCUGAUGAAUGUGAAGAGCCUAUGGAAACAGAUCAGCAUGCUAAAGAGGAAGAGAAGAUGCAGGUAGACCAAGAUGAACAGAAAACUGAAGAAAACCAGCAUCAGAUUCAAGGAGAAAUUAAGACAGAGUCUGAAGAAAUGGAGACGUCUCAGCCUGGGUCCAAAGAUAAAAAAAUGGAUCAACCACCUCAAGCCAAGAAGGCAAAAGUUAAAACCACCACUGUGGAUCUCCCUAUUGAAAAUCAAUUAUUAUGGCAGAUAGGAAGAGAAAUGUUGAAUUUGUACAUUGAGAAUGAGGGUAAGAUGAUCAUGCAGGAUAAGCUGGAAAAGGAAAGAAAUGAUGCCAAGAAUGCAGUGGAAGAAUAUGUUUAUGAAAUGAGAGACAAACUAAAUGGCCUCUAUGAGAAAUUUGUUAAUGAAGGUGAUCGUAACAGUUUUACUUUGAAACUGGAAGAUACUGAAAAUUGGUUGUAUGAAGAUGGCGAAGACCAGCCCAAACAUGUUUAUAUUGAUAAAUUAACAGAAUUGAAGAAUCUGGGUCAACCUAUUAAAAAUCGGUUCCAGGAAUCUGAAGAAAGACCAAAGGCAUUUGAAGAGCUGGGGAAACAAAUCCAAAUGUUUAUGAAAAUAGUUGACUCUUUCAGAAACAAGGAAGAACAGUAUGACCAUUUGGAUGAAGCAGAUGUGUUGAAAGUUGAGAAGAGCACUAAUGAAGCAAUGGAAUGGAUGAACAGCAAGCUAAAUCUUCAAAAUAAACAGAGUCUUACUAUGGAUCCAAUCAUAAAGACAAAGGAUAUUGAAGCAAAAAUUAAAGAACUUACAAGCAUUUGUAACCCUGUAGUUACAAAACCUAGACCCAAAGUGGAGCUUCCAAAAGAUGAUGAAAAUGUGGAACAGAAUGGACCAGUAGAAGGACAAAAUGAUAGCCACAGAGGGGGUCAGUCCACUGAGCAGAAUACAGAUCCAAGCGCCUCCCCAGAUUCUGAGAAGAAACUUCCUGAAAUGGACAUUGAUUAAUUCCAGCACUUGUUUAUAUUAAAGCCCACUUAUCAUAAAGCUUUAAGUUGUCAACUUUGUUCUGAUAGCAAAGAACAACUUCAUAUUGCAAGUUCUUUAGAGUUUGUUUCUAGUUUUUUUCUUUUGAAGGGAAAUCCAUGUAUUGAAUAUGAAAACUGCAAAAUGUGUCAAUACACUAUCCAAUGUA